AACCGUAAAGUGAAAGAACCGCACUUAACCAACUAAAGCCCUGCUCGCUCUCUCUUCGAUUGGCAACGCGCUACUCAGUGAAAACAUUAACAGGGACUGGGAGGCCAUAGAGACGUAUAAUCUCUCCAGUACUGAUACGAGGAGCUGUAGUUUCUGUAGCAAUGGCUUGUCGCCGUAGCCUCUCCACCAGAGCAACGCUUAUUGCUCGAGUUAAUAGUUCCUCAAUUAGCUACAUUCCUCGUGAUCACGAUCGUAAACAGAACCCUCCUGACGAAACUUUGUCUCAGCAAAAAAUUCAAAUUUUAUUCAGCCAAGGUCUUUGGAAGCAGCUUCAACGAUUCAUAUGGAUCUGGUGGUUUGUUCCCUGGUAAAAGAUUUCGCAUUUGUUCUUGGGCCAAGUGCGGUUCUGCUUAUUGCUCGUAUAUGUCAACUACGGUUGGUGAAGGGUCGAAAAACAUUGAAUUGAUGAGUGAUGUGGCAGAGGUUUUGAAGGAUACAACAUAGAAGCAGUUGCUAACCAGGCCCCGCAGUGAAUGAAGUUGCUGUUGCUGCUGCUGAUUCUUUCUUACCUGUCGCAGCGUUGCAGCAUUUUAUUGGUAUAUUGCAUAACUCCACCGGCUUUAACUGGUGGGUUUGCAUAGUUCUGACUACUUUUGAUUCGGAGCGCGACACUUCCACUUUUGAUUAACCAACUUAAAGCAACUCAAAACUGACAUUACUGAGACCACACCUGGACGAAAUCAGGCAACAGAUCAAGAUAAGGGGAUGGACCCUGAGUCUGUAGCCGAGGGUCAAAACAAAUGCAGAAGCUUUUUAGGGAAUAUGGUGUUACUCCAUUCACUCCAAUGAAAGGGCUCUUUAUUAAUGCUCCUAUAUUUAUGAGUUUUUUCUUCGCGAUUUCAAACAUGGCAGAGAAAGUUCCUUCUUUCAAAACUGGUGGAGCAUUCUGGUUUACUGAUCUCUCUAGUCCUGAUGAAUUUUACAUCUUCCCAAUCUUAUGUGGGCUGACUUUCUUGAUUACGGUAGAGUGCAACACACAAGACGGAAUGGAAGGAAAUCCUACAGCUGGCAUUGUAAAAAAUGUUUCAAGGGGAUUUGCUGCUCUUUCAGUUCCAUUAACAAUGGGUUUCCCACAGGCAAUAUUUUGUUAUUGGAUUACAUCAAACCUGUUUUCUCUCGUGUAUGGACUAGUUCUUAAAGCUCCGGGGGUCAAGAAAUUCUUAGGUGUUCCUCAAAUACCUGUGGCUCCACCAACUACUACUCCGCAACCUUCUUUCUCUCUGUUCUCUGCAAUCAAGCAAGUCGCUGAAGCAAAAGCUGCACGGCAGGCUGCAGCUUCAUCACGUACUGAACAAUCAAAGGUUACAGAGGAAAGAAUAUCUUCAUCUGCAGUCCUCAGUCAGAGGAUAAAAAAUCUAGAAAAACAAGUAAAGGGAAGGAAGAAAAACAAGAAGAGGUGAAGUUGAUCUUUGAGUACCAUAAGUUAAACCCACCUGGACUACAAAUGAUGAAGUGAUACCACUGUUAAAUUUGUUGUAUCAUCUUUUCAAGUUAGUUAUUUUUAAUAUUAGAUAUUGAUAUAAGGAGAUAGUGCCCAGGUAGAGAAAGAGAGCUCAAAAACUUUUACUGCUAAUAAUGUUGUCAAAUGAAUGGAGAAUUUUCCUCCCAAAACAUAUAGGGAUUUUUGCAGGGGUAGCAUAAGUUAUCUGUGGAGGUUCCCGGCGUUCAAAGAACAGUAAGUUUAACAGAAUAUUCAGUUUUAAAUGCUUUUAGUUUUUCGUAUUGAAUCGAAGGUGUUCAAACAAUAAAACUAUUUUUUUUAAUAUAUUUUGUCACUCAUUGUUAGGCAGAGUUGAAGAAUGUCAGUCAAUGCAAGGCUGAACUUGGC